AAAGAAAUCCCCCCGGAAAAGUUCAAUGUUACCGCCAUCCCCAAGGGCUACCGCUCCCCGUGGCAAGAGCUCCUUGGUGACAAGGACAACGCUGUGCACGGCGAGAACCAGCAACCCAUGAGACCCACUCUAUGGGAUUUCAAAAGCUUCAACAGGACCCCCACCCCAUUUGACAGAGCACUGGUCAGCGACCUGUUCCCUGUGCCUGCCAUGGAGCUGGAGAACCUGAGCGCUCUGGAGGUGAUUUCCCACAGACGUAACUUCAACAGAGUGCCACAAGGGUGGGUGCGGAUUCUACCAGAGAGCGACGAGCUGUAG